AUUUUGCUGUAGAAUCACCGUGGUGAUAAACAUGAACUAAGAUCUCACUCACUCAAAAGAUAACAUAUAAAUGGAGGAGAGUGAUAACAAGUACAUGAAGGUAGUUGGGUAUUGUGAGUAGUUGGAUCACAAGCACGGAAUGGCACAUCCCUACUACAUGUUUACACAUAAUCUGCUCCAUUAAUUAAGGUAGCUGCUGCGGUGGGUCAUUGCACCAUGAUCGGUGACGGGAAAGUUGUCUGUGUGACAGGGGCUUCCGGUUUCAUAGCUUCAUGGCUGGUCAAGCUUUUGCUCCAACGGGGCUACACCGUCAAGGCCUCUGUUCGUGACCCAGGCGAUCCGAACAAGACGGAGCAUCUCCUGGGCCUCGAUGGAGCCAAGGAGAGGCUCCAUUUGGUGAGAGCAGACCUGCUGGAACAAGGGUCCUUCGAUCCCGCCAUUGAAGGAUGCGUCGGAGUUUUCCACACCGCUUCCCCUGUUUCCUUCUCUGCCACCGAUCCGCAGGCGGAGCUCGUCGACCCUGCAGUGAAAGGGACGCUGAACGUGCUGAAAUCUUGCGCCAAGUAUCCUUCCGUCAAGAGAGUGGUCUUAACCUCAUCUACUGCUGCGGUUUUCCACACAGGGAGGCGACUGACCCAAGAUUCAGUUGCUGAUGAGUCCUGGUUCUCGGAUCCAGCCAUUUGCGAACAACUUAAGCUGUGGUACCCGCUAAGCAAGACUUUGGCUGAGAUUGCUGCUUGGGACUUUGCAAAGGAGAAUGGGAUUGACUUGGUGACAUUACUGCCUGGUUUUGUGACCGGGCCUCUGUUGCAGCCAACAAUUUGCUUCUCGGUGGAGAUGAUUCUCAACUUGGUUAAUGGCUUGGAGACAUACCCCAACAUAUAUUACAGGUCGGUUGACGUCAGAGAUGUUGUGGAAGCUCAUGUUAAAGCUUUUGAGACUCCAUCGGCUGCUGGGAGAUACUGCUUAGUUGGAAGCAUUGCCCACUUCUCUCAAGUUUUGGGGAUGAUAAACGAGCUCUACCCAACACUACAUCUUCCUGACAAGUGUGAAGAUAGCAGCGGCAUCAUUCCGAGUCUGCCGAUGUUUACAGUGUCCACGGAGAAGGCAGAAAGUUUAGGGAUCAAGUUCACCCCAAUGGAUGAAGAUUUCAAGAAAGCAAUCCUUCAGCCUGGGCCGCCUGAGAAUUUCGCUCUUCAAACUGUACAAGAGUUCAUCAAACCUCAGAGGCAAACAAAAUUAGUGCAAGAUGAGAAUCAAUUGUUGGAGAACAUGCUCCGGACGUUACUUCAAGAGCUUGUGUCUUCUGCAGCACAGUCAGGGGAGCCGAUAAUGCAGUAUGGACAAUCAAUUGAUGAUGAAGAAAGUUCUCAGGGCCUAAUCCCUCAUCUCUUAGAUGUUGUGCUUUAUCUCUGUCAGAGAGAACAUAUUGAAGGUGGAAUGAUAUUUCAGCUGCUGGAAGACUUGACGGAAAUGUCCACAAUGAGGAAUUGCAAAGACGUAUUUGGCUACAUAGAGGGUAAACAGGACAUACUUGGGAAGCAAGAACUUUUUGCUCGUGGAAAACUGGUCAUGUUGAGGACUUGUAAUCAACUUCUCCGCCGACUCUCAAAGGCAAAUGAUGUUGUUUUCUGUGGACGGAUUCUCAUGUUUCUGGCGCACUUUUUCCCAUUAUCAGAGCGUUCAGCGGUCAACAUCAAAGGAGUUUUCAACACAUCAAAUGAGACGAAAUAUGAAAAGGAUCCACCAGAAGGCAUUUCUAUUGACUUCAACUACUACAAAACAUUGUGGAGUUUACAGGAAUUCUUCUGCAACCCUGCCUCCUUAACUGUUGCCCCAGCCAAGUGGCAGAAGUAUACAUCUAGUCUGACGGUUGUGUUGGAUACCUUUGAAGCACAACCAUUGAGUGAGGAAGAAGGAGAUGCAAAUAAUUUGGAGGAAGAGGCAGCAUCUUUCAAUAUAAAAUAUCUUACUAGCAGUAAUUUGAUGGGACUAGAGUUAAAAGAUCCAAGCUUCCGACGUCAUGUUCUUGUACAGUGCCUUAUAGUCUUUGAUUAUCUUAAGGUAAUGACUACAAACUCACUUCAAUUUUCUUGCUCAUGCCAGAAAGAAGAGAUAAAAUCCAGUGAGGAGCGUGUGAAGAAAUUACUCGAGAUGACUCCUCCUAAAGGAAAAGAUUUUCUUCGCAAGAUUGAGCAUAUACUAGAACGUGAAAAAAACUGGGUUUGGUGGAAGCGUGACGGAUGCCCUCCAUUUGAAAAACAACCAGCAGAGAAGAAAUCAGCCCAGGAAGGGAAUAAGAAACGUAGACCUAGGUGGAGAUUGGGAAACAAAGAACUAUCCCAGUUGUGGAAAUGGGCAGACCAGAAUCCUAAUGCUUUGACUGACCCUCAGCGUGUACGGACUCCUUCAAUCACGGAAUAUUGGAAGCCCUUGGCUGAAGAUAUGGACCCGGCAGCAGGAAUUGAAGCAGAAUAUCACCACAAGAACAACCGAGUAUAUUGCUGGAAAGGUCUGCGGUUUUCAGCAAGGCAAGACCUUGAGGGUUUUUCCAAAUUCACUGACCUUGGUGUUGAAGGAGUAGUUCCUCUAGAAAUUCUGGCACCUGAGGUCCGGUCCAAGUACCAGGCUAAACCGAGUGACAGAUCUAAGCGUGCCAAGAAGGAAGAAGUCAAGGGCGGGUCACAACCAUCAGAAGAAGCUCAGGUUGCAAGCGAGAACGACGGUGAAGGUGCUAGGCCAGUUGAAGCCUCGGCCGCACCAAUGGAGACUGAUGCAGCUGCAGGAACUGUGAACACUUCCCAAGAUGGCGGUACUCCUCCAACAGCGGAGGAGGAACAAAAGCUUAACUCAGAUACUGAUGUGGGUCAAGAAGCAGGGCAACUGGAAACCGAUGGACCGCUUGAACCGGACCGUGAAGGGGUAGAAACAGUGACGGCUGACGGGGAGACUGACGCUGAGGCUGAUAUAUAAGCUGUGAGCUGAAUAGUCUCUUAAUCAAAGAGCCCGGACUUGAAUGUGGCAGCAAAAACAGUGGUGGUGGCGCUUGAUAAGUUGACAUUGUUUUUACCGAACUGUGAUGAGAUAGUAUGAAGCAAACAUUUUGUAAUGUCAUUUGAUGGCAGCUCCUAAUACGUUCUAACAUAACGAACAAAACCUUAGUGUUCCAUUUUGUAGGUGAAAAUAAGUGUAAUGUUUCAAUUGUAGAGGAUUGUAACGAUGAAGACUUUGUAUGUUUCAAUUGUAGAGAAUUGUAACGGUGA